AUGAAUGUGCUUGCGGCGUGCAAUUUCGAGCUCGAAUUUACCUACGUUCUCUCCGGGUGGGAAGGUACCGCAAAUGACGGUAAAGUGUGUUGUGAUGCCCUGGGCAAAGGUUUGACGAUGUCCGAAAACAAGCUCGACAUUCUCGAUGCCGGAUUUGCAUUGACGAUGAAGUGUUUGACGCCAUAUCGAGGCACAAGGUAUCAUUUGAAAGAAUACGGAUCUGGUCGUCUCCGCCCUCAGAACAAGGAAGAGCUAUUUAACCUUCGUCACGCUCAAGUUCGAAACUGCAUUGAGCGCAUCUUUGGCGUUCUGAAGAUGCGAUUUCCUGUUUUGUCGCACGGAGUCCGAUACGACUAUGAAUUUCAAGUCUAA